AUGCCUCGUAGUCAAAAUUCAAAAAUAACAUCGAAAAAGCACGAUGAAAAGAAGAUUGUCACAUACGUACAGAAUGCUGGAAUGUUGGAAUUAAAGCAGUAUCUGAAAAGGCACAAGAACGCUAACCUAAACUUUCGGGUUGAUGCUCGUGGUCGUACAGUGCUCCAUAUAGCUGGUAUUCUUGGAGACGAUGGAAUAAUUCGGACUUUGCUUGAUUUUGGCGCCGACCCAAAGCUUGUCGAUACAAAUGGAGACACAGCAGCUCAUCUCGCAGCGAAGUGGUGCGCAAGAACUGAGAAUUAUGCGAACUUCAAGCUCGUAAUGACUCCAUUCUUCAAAGCGAACCCUGCACUCGCCUAUUUGAAAAACAAUGAUAACGAGUCGCCUCAAGAUCUGCUCAAUGCGGGUAAAUUGAAAGCAGAGAAAGCUGCACAAGAAAUGAAGGAAGCAGAAGAUCAAAGAGAGGAAGUCUUAGCUGCAAGAGAGAAGAAGGCAAAGGAAGAUGCAGAAUUUAAAAUGAAAGAAUUGGAAUUCGCGGAGAAGUUGCAGAAUGCCAAUGACGAGGAUAACGCCGGUGAAGACAUUUUAUUCCAACAAACAGAAUGGCUCAAAGAAGAAAUAAAAGAAACUUUCGACGAUUGGGCCGACCGAAUCGCUCGUGAAUACGCCGAGAAAAGAGAACGCUUUAACCGGCAGAAUAUUUCCGGAGCGGGCUCCAAACGAACUGCCACGGGUGGUAUUGGCGCCAAUAAGAGAGGAAAAGAAGGAAGAAGGAACAGAAAAGAACGCGAGAGACUUGAGUAUAUCGACCACAAGAAACGACGAGUUGACAAUUACAUUAGGGCGCAGGAAGCUGCAAAAGAAGAAAAGAAAAUCAAACAGAAAGAAGACUACACUCAGAAAGUGGAGGCUAUGCGAAAGGGUGAAGACAUUCUCGCUUAUCAAGAUAUUCCCUGGCCAUGCGACGGGACGAUUCAAGAUAUGGUCGAAGUUAUGCUUGCUGAUGCCCCGCUUACUGAGCCACAAAAGUAUAGAAAGAUUAUCCAUCGACAGCAGCUUAUUUGGCAUCCUGAUAAAUUUGCGCAGAGAACUGGCGGGCGACUGGAACCGAAAGACAAAGACAAAAUUCUCAUUACUGUUCAGCACUUAUCCCAAGCUCUCAAUAAGGCUCUGGAGAAAUGUGACUACGCAUAA